AUGAAUGAUGUUAUUCUGGAAACAAGCGAGUCAAUUGCAACUUCUGAAGACACAUAUCAAUGCAUCCAAAAGGACUUAGAUUUCAUCAGGCAUUGUGCGGAGAAACUGGCGAAAUCAAAUGAUCCAGUAGACAAGGAAUUAUUUGAUGAGCUAUACUUGGAAAUUAGUCAGAUAGCAAUGAAGUGGAAAGAGAGAUUCCCCAAAUACAUACCGACAUUAACUUCUCAAAUAGAUACGAACACCCAUGGAAAAGAUGACAAAGUUCGUGCUGGAUUCCCGUCAAAAAAACGCCGUCGUGUUGUGAAACAAGUGAGACCAAAUUAUUCGGAUAUCGAUGAAGACAACAUCUGA